UUGUGAUUUUUCAUAUUACCUAUCUUCAUUAUUUCUUAUUUCGACAUCGAGGAGUUUAUAUUGUGUGGAAUAAGUAAACUCUUUUUAUAUCUGCUGUUUCAAACAGGCAAAGAAAUAAGAAAUUUUAAUUACAAAAAGUGUGUUUCAAACAAAAAUAACAGGGAUCCCAAGUAUAAAAAAAAGUAAGGUUUUGGGGGCUGGGUGAUAAAGAGUGGAAAGUGUUGACUCGUCAAUGAAAUAAAAAAAAAAAACAAGUAAUAAACGAAAUGAUGAAAAUGGGCGAAUGUGUUUAAGAUUUGAACAAAUAACAUAUUUUGCAAUGCAAAAGUAAAUCGUAUGUAAGUUUGUUGCACCAAAUGUCUUAAUGUGGGGCUGUGAAAUAUUGUUGCAUUUGUAUGAGAGAAUUAAAUUUAUAAAAAUUAUUCGCAAAUGAUGACGUUUCGUCGCGACGAGUAAUUGAAGCAAGUAGAAUAUUCGGUUAAGAGUUAUAAUUUUGUGUGUGUGCUAAUUUGUCCAGUGUGCGCUGUGCGUUUAAACACAAAGUGUUGAGGGAGGCGAAGUGAAAAAAGUUGAUGAGAAAAUUCAAAAUUCACCUCUUCUAUCUGCAAUCAGCGAGUAUAAAGUAUAAAACUUUAUAAAACAAAUAUUGAUACCACUUCCUACACGCAUCACGCAUCACGAGCUCACACCCUUAUCCUUGUUUCUAGAUGGCUAUUCCACCUCCUCCGGGUCCACCCCCGCCACCAGGUCCACCACCGCCUCCGGCAAUGGGAGGCCUAAAGUUAGGUGGUGCCGGUGGCGGAGAUGCGCGUUCAGCACUCCUACAAUCGAUACAAAAGGGCACUAAACUAAAAAAGACAACGACAGUUGAUAAAAGCGGACCAGCCCUGUCAGGAAAGAUUUGCGAUUCAACGUCAUCCGCAACGAGUUCACCGAAACGAAUACACAACAAUAACAACAACAAUACAAGCAAUAGUAAUAACAAUAAUGUAGGCAAUGGCGCACCAAAACUGGGUGGCCUAUUCGAAGGGCUGACCUCAAUGCCCAAACUGAAGCCAGUCAAUGGCAGUAGUCGUGCACAAGCACCGGCAGUUCCAACAGCGUCCACGGACUCAUCUGCAGCGAGUAGACGCAACGACACAUCACCACCUGCAAAUGCCAGCAGUGGCAACGGCAACAGCUGUAAUGGUCCAUUAGAUUUCAAUGCUGAACUAACAAAGCAUCUGACACUGAAGCGACAGAAGCAGCAGCUGCAACAGCCAGUCAAUGCGACAGAGGCGAAUUUACGCACAAAUCGUGGACCACCACCUCAGCCGCCAUCGACGCCUCCGAAAAAUCUUUCAACGAGCGCCUCCGACUCAGUGUUGGAGAAAACGAGAAAUGCCAGCGCGUCGUCUGGCGUCGUACGCGCUAGUCCGUUGGCGACAAAUCACAACAACAGCAAAGCAUCAUCACCUACGCUUUCGGAGAGUAGCAAUGGCAGUAACAAAAAAAUCGCUGCCAUCACAAGUAAUAGCAGCAGCAAUAGCAUCAAAAGUAAAGCGGCCAGCUUGAAUUUAUCGUUAGGAAAAUCAAAUUCCAAUUUUGUAAAUAAUAAAAGUAGUAUGUUUAAUACAAACUCUUCUUCAACAACUACAACAACCACGCAAUCAACGACCUCUUACAAUUCUACCAACAACAUAACAACCACAAAAACAUCAACAACUACAAAUAACAAUUUAAACAACAAAAGCAGCCUGAACAUCACACUGUCCAAAACACAAUUCCAAAAGCAGCAAACUUCGCCCGCACCCAGCCGAGGCAGCAUCCUACCGAACAAAUCAUCCUUAUUUGGCACAAACGGCGUUAGUAGUGCGGCAGGUGCUGCAGCGUCGUCGGGUAGCACCAAUUCCCUCGCUACGCCUACCCCAACAUCCUCGCCGGCUAAUAAGUCGCCGACGCCUAGUAUGAAGCCGGUACCGAAUCAUGGCAAACCGAAUUUUGCGCCCAAACCGCCAGGAUUGCAUCAAUUGGCAUUGGCGAGCAGUCAGCGACCGACAGUGUCCCGUCAUCACAGCAUGAAGUCCCCAAGAUCACCGCCAAUUACAACGGCAGGUGCGCCUCUAUUUCCAACUCAACAACACUUUGGCACAAUGCGCGCACCACUUUCUCAACUGUGUCAGUCGCAAGAAGCUAUAAAUAAUAGUGGUUUGCGCAUGGCACCGAAUCCACCAAUUGGUCGCCCUACAGUGGCGCCACCCAAACCGCCAUCAGUGAAACCACCACCACCGCCCACACCAGCGCGCAGUGUCUCCAAUUCCAAUUUGAAUAGUAUUGUAGGACAAAAUACAUCCGCAUCAGCUGGCACUGGGUCGACUCCAUAUAGCGCUGUGAAUACUACACUUAUCUCUUCCGUAACCAGCAAUUACACUUCGCCACCCACCACGCAGCCACCUUCCAAUUCUUCUUCUUCCAGCAGUGUAUCCGCAUUGCGUGAUCAAUUCCGUAGCGCUACAAAUGCGACUCCACCACCGCCGCCACCCACGGCCGCCACUGCGGCCAAUGCGAAGUCAAUAGGCGGAAGUCAAGGUGGUCCAGGUAGCCCCGGUAGCAGGCAAUCGUUGAGUCGUGAAAAGGCGAUAAAGCCAAUCAUAUUGAAUGGUGGACCAUUGAAUGCGCCUCCACUGCCACCGCAUCGGACAUGUCCAGCGCCACCACCACCGCAGCGACAAACUAGUAAUCAGACUGGCAACAGCGCGCCACCAGUGCCGCCACAACGACACUCCUCAAUACGCGCCAGUGCACCUGUAACACCGCCAACAAUCAGCAACAACAAUAUGCCCAUGUUCGGUAACAAUGCUGGUAGUCUGGCGCACGCCAAUUCAGUCAGCCGUUUGGUCACCGAUUUGGAAUCGAGAUUUGGCAAACGCUUCCACAAUGUCACCGAAUUUCCAAAACCGCCACCGUUUGUGGACAUCAAUAUAGUGUACUCGAGUCGAGCGGCCAAAGCGAAUGGUAUGUAAAUGUGUAGGAGAUGGCAAAGAUGAGAAUAGCGCUGAGAAAGAGAGCAAACAUACAUAAAUGAAAAUGAAUACAAAAUGGGCCAGCUGGCUGGAAGCAUGCGGGCAGACAGUCAGGCCAGGUCAAAGCAUUGACCAUGAAAUUGAAUAUGAAAUAAGCGUAAAUGCGUACAAGUAAAUUGCGAUUAUGUGAAUGCAUACGUUGUAGUAGUUUAGAGCGUGCAAUUGUGCCCAACGCCAGCAGUAACCUUUCCUCAUCACUUUUAACUCUACGAACAAGUACACUUUGUUUUCUCCUUUUUUUGUGGUUGUUUUGUUUUUCAAAACACUUUAAGUUACUUAUGGAAUGCGUAUGCGAAUGCUGUGUAUGGAAUGCGGUUGAAGAUUACUUCUUUUUAUUAUUAUUAAUUAACAUAUUUUAAGUUCAAACUAUAUACAUACAUACAUACAUAUGUAAAAGCAGCAUUUUGUAUGAGUUUUUCUCUCAUUUAAAUUAUCUAAUUUUUUAUAACAAACGGAAAAAUGAAAAUAUAAAUAAGUAUUUUGAUUGUUGAGUAGAAAAUGGCAAUUAAAAAAUACCAAAAAUCUGUCUCCGUAUCGAAAUAAAAUAAUGUAAUGCUAUUUAUUUUUCUAAAAUAUUUUGAAUUGCCACAUAUACCUACAUACGUGUUUUCGAUUCACGUAAUUCUAAAAAUAAAUUUUUGAAUCAAAAUUCUUUCCAAUACAAAGAGUGUACUGGAUUCGGCCCUUGCACUUUGCAUUGGUACUAUUUUUCUACUCAACGAUUUUUGCACGCAAAUUUGCAAAUAUUUUUAAUGAAAUUUUAGCAAUAGAAUAUUAAGCAGAAGAAAAGCAAAAUUUUUGCAUAGAAUGAAAUAAAAUUUUGAAUAAAAACAAAGAAAAUUAAAAAUAAAACUAAUGCACACUAACUUUACUAAACACACACACACAUAUGCGAAAAUAUGUUAAAUAAACGAGGCAUAGCCUUGAAAAAUGUCGUAAGCGCCACUUUUCGAAAAACUACGCAUUCUUAGAGUAGCGCAUGUAUGUAUAUACAAUAUAAACAAUAUGUAUGUAGUACAUGAAAUGAAAGGUCCCAAAGCAGGAAAGGAAAACAUAAAUGUCGUGCUCCAAAAUAUUAGGUAUUUUUCGGAAUAAUCUGCUUUGCGAGCAAUGCUUUUAACCCAGCGUUUCUUCAACAUUUUAAUACCUCAAAGAAAAAGAAUUGUCAAAGUCCGUAAAAUGGGUUCCUCUCUCGGCAAAUGAGCUCAGUAUUCGGCAUGAAUUUUUUCACGUGUGGAAUCUCUACGUGCUUGGAAAUAAACGAUAGUCGCUAAGAGUCAAUUCUGGAUAGCAUAGUGGAUAGUGAAUCAGUUCGCAUCGCAAUUCUCUCAAUUUGGUCAUCGCUUUCAUCUAUGAAUGCGCCGCUGGGUUGCCGUGGCGGAACAGCACUUUCUUGUUUGCUAGUUGCUAGACUGCUCUAACAAAAUCGGCUAUAAUUCGAAGCCCUUCAAAGCAUUGCGCACAAAAAUUUGAAUUUAACAGCGCUGUUGCUUUGCGCGACCGAGGACUUUUCAUUUCAUGUGGUAUGCAAAAUAGCUGUUUCAUAUAAUGUUUGUUGUACGAAAGCAAACAUGUAGAAGAAAUAAAUGUUUGCUUAAAUAUUUCAAUGCCUUACAAAAUAUAUCUGUAAGUCGAGUCACAUUUUCGCUUGAAAGCUACAAUAAUGAAUUAUUUCAUUACCCUCACUUUCAUCGAAAUGUUUUAUUCUUCCACGCAAAUGUGAGUCGACCUAAAUACAGAUAUAUGCGUGAUAAUAAGGAUGUUGCGCUUACAGCACUAUUCAAUGCGACACCUUUAAAAUAUCUACGCUGAAAAGCAGGAGAGUGCAAGUCAGCGAUCAGCAGUUAUUGUUAACAUUUGCUUAGUUAGCUCAGCAUAUGAGUAGUAUUUGAAUUUUAUUCUGUAGUUUUUUCGAUGAAUUCUGUAGUCUUUUUUUUUUAAUUUUAAAUAGUCAUUUAAUUAGGGAAAUUAUGAAAUGGAGAAAUGUACUAAAUAUAUUAAUUUAACUUAUUGAUAAAACCAACUAAUUACAAAUAGUCGAGUUGAUGAGAGCGUCUUUGGUGCGAUGCGUGUGUCAAAAACAACAAAAACACACAUAAUGUGUAGCAUAUCAAAGCACAAAUAUUGAGCGCCAAAAGCAGGCUACUCAAAGUAGCGGCGUUGCAGGCAAAGUGCAUGCAGCAGUGAGAUUUUGAUGUUAAUGAAACUUUAUGCAGCCAACUACUUUCAAUUGUGAUAUACCGGCGAAGCUACCUACCCUAGUUAUGCGGCAUUAAAAAAAAUAAACUAUGCAGCAAUAAAAAGCACAAAAUCUAUGCAGCAAUAAAAAAA